AUGAAGCUUACGUUUCUUUCUCUCGUCUUUGCUCUCGCUUCUGCUGCUUCUUGGGAAGCACAACAGCAUGUUGGAGUGUCUGAUCAAGGAAGUGAAUCCUCUACGGAGCUGCUUAGGGGAAGUUCGCGUCGAUUGCAACUACCUGUGGUCGCACUUGUUGGAAACAACGGUAAUCCAGCUUCUGCAUUUCCAUUGAAGGUCUGUCAAGGUGACUGCGACUCAAACAGUGACUGCGAAGGAGCUCUCGAGUGCUUCUUCAGAGAUGGAGGUGAGGCCGUUCCCGGAUGCAGUGGUGGUGAGAGUGUGUCCAGUCGUACCGACUUUUGCUACGAUCCGAAUCCCAAUCCUGCUCCUGUGGCAAUGCCACCCACUACCGGAGGACCCAGCGUGACACUUAUUGGAAACAACGGUAGUCCAGCGUCUGCAUUUCCAUUGAAGGUCUGCCAAGGUGACUGCGACUCAAACAGUGACUGUGAAGGAGCUCUCGAGUGCUUCUUCAGAGAUGGAGGUGAGGCCGUUCCCGGAUGCAGUGGUGGUGAGAGUGUGUCCAGUCGUACCGACUUUUGCUACGAUCCGAAUCCCAAUCCUGCUCCUGUGGCAAUGCAUCUGCCGUGGCAAUGCCAGUUCCUGGUACAGCCCACUACCGGAGGACCCAGCGUGACACUUAUUGGAAACAACGGUAGUCCAGCGUCUGCAUUUCCAUUGAAGGUCUGCCAAGGUGACUGCGACUCAAACAGUGACUGUGAAGGAGCUCUCGAGUGCUUCUUCAGGGAUGGAGGUGAGGCCGUUCCCGGAUGCAGUGGUGGUGAGAGUGUGUCCAGUCGUACCGACUUUUGCUACGAUCCGAAUCCCAAUCCUGCUCCUGUGGCAAUGCCACCUCGUGGCAAUGCCGGACCCAGCGUGACACUUAUUGGAAACAACGGUAGUCCAGCGUCUGCAUUUCCAUUGAAGGUCUGCCAAGGUGACUGCGACUCAAACAGUGACUGUGAAGGAGCUCUCGAGUGCUUCUUCAGGGAUGGAGGUGAGGCCGUUCCCGGAUGCAGUGGUGGUGAGAGUGUGUCCAGUCGUACCGACUUUUGCUACGAUCCGAAUCCCAAUCCUGCUCCUGUGGCAAUGCCAAUUCCUGCUCCUGUGGCAAUGCCAGUUCCUGCUCCAGUGG